CACGGCCAGUUAGUGCUGGGUGGAACACUGUCACCGUACAGUACGCUAGUAGCCCGCUGAGAGUAUGUACACACACACCGUUGGCUCUUAACGGAAGAAGCACCGAAACAAAAUCUUCUGUAUCCCACGAGGACGCUUGUCCAAGCAGUUUUUGGAGGCCGAGGCGACAGCUGAACUGACCGCUCCGCUCGGUAGUUUGGGCUUCAGCUGGUCCGAGGAGAGUCCUGUCAGGCAGAGCGAGAGCAAGAGCAAGGCGCUGUGUUUUUAUUGUGUGGUUUCCUUGUUCGUUGAGAGCCAGUGAAGAGGAGCAGUGGUGUACCAUGUGCUGAGGCCCUAAAGAGCCAUACAAUUUUUUUUCUUCUGGCAUUUUUUUGUGUGGAGGGCGUGAGCGGACAUCAGCAGAAACGGAACAAAAAUGGGGCGAAAGAAGAUCCAGAUCACCCGGAUCAUGGACGAGCGAAACAGACAUGUCACAUUCACCAAGAGGAAGUUUGGCCUGAUGAAGAAAGCGUACGAGCUGAGCGUGCUGUGCGACUGUGAGAUCGCCCUCAUCAUCUUCAACAGUGCUAACAAGCUGUUCCAGUACGCCAGCACCGACAUGGACAAGGUGCUGCUCAAGUACACCGAGUACAACGAGCCGCACGAGAGCCGAACCAACUCCGACAUCGUGGAGAAACUCAGGCACAAAGGCCAGGAUGACUGUGCCCUCCCCACAGCCGAGGAGAGCUAUGGGCUGAGCCCUGACAUGGAUGAUGAGAGUGAUGUAAUGUGUAAGCGAUUGGGUGUAAGUAAACUCCUUUUCGAUCCUCCCUUCAUACAGACCCCCCUUUUUGUUCAUUGUCCCUUUUUUCUGUUCUUUUUGUCUUUCUUUCUUUCUGUCUGUCUCUCUUUUUUUCUUUUUCCUUUUCUGUUGUUUUGGUUUGUCCUACCACAGGCGUUAAACAAGAAAGAGCACCGGGGCUGUGACAGCCCCGACCUGGACGGCUCGUACGUGCUUACCCCGCACACUGAGGAGAAAUAUAAAAAAAUUAAUGAGGAGUUUGAUAAUAUGAUGAGAAAUCACAAGAUCCCGUCCGGCAUGCCUCAGCAGAAUUUCUCCAUGCACGUGGGGCUGGGGCCUGUGGGCAACCCCAACAGUCUACAGGCCUACAGUCCAGGAGGCCCCCUGGGCACCUCCUCAGCCUCUGCCACCUCCCUCGGUGACGCCAGGAUCCUUUCCCCUUCCCAUGCUCCCUUGCACCGGAACAUGGCCUCCCCAGGCAUGUCCCAAAGACCCCCCAGCACGGGAAACACAGCUUCCAUGAUGGGAGCCAAUGAUAUGCCCAUGGUGAACGGAGCACUGUCAAACCAAGCAGUGAAUGGCUUUGUGGGCAGCAGCAGUGGGAACAGCUUGGCCAAAGGGAUGCAGGCCAAGUCGCCGUCGCCCCCUGGUGGCAACAUGAAUGUUGGCGGCCGCAAACCGGACCUGCGAGUGGUCAUUCCCCCCAACGCCAAAGGCAUGAUGCACACGCUGAAUGCCCAGAGAAUGAACAGCUCCCAGACCACCCAGUCCCUGGCCACCCCAGUGGUGUCCGUGAACACGCCCAGCCUUCCACACCAGGGCCUCGUCUACUCGGCCAUGACCUCCACCUACAACUCCGACUACCAGCUGAACAGCUCGGAUCUGUCCAACCUGCAGGGCUUCAGCCCCACCGGGGGCAUGUCCAUGGGAUCAGCGGCGCCAUGGCAACACCAGCAGAUGGGCCACGGGCCUCCCAGCUCACAGGGCGGUGGGAAUCACAUACCUCAAGGUGCCAACCUGUCUGUCAGCACCGACCAUAAUGUCAACAUUAAAUCUGAGCCCAUCUCGCCUCCGCGGGACCAUGGCAGAGCCUCCUCGGGGGGCUCGUCUGGUUUCAUGGCCCAGUCCGGAUGCCCUCCGCUGGGCCAGAACCCGCCGGGCUCCAGGCAGGACGUGGGCCGCUCCCCAGCCGACAGCCUGAGCUCCUCCUGUAGCUCGUAUGAGGGCAGUGACCGCGAGGAGCACCACCAGCGACAGCCAGACUUCCACCAGAACAGCAGAGGGCCUGGGGGUCCCACAGGGGUGGACGACCAGCAGAGCCCCUCGGCCAAGCGCCUGCGCAUGGACACCUGGGUCACCUAGAGCGGUGCGACUGACUGGGGAGGCGUUUCUCAACAGCAUUGUUGUUGCUAACUAGGUUAGCAACUUACUUGGUUGCAAUGCAAUUUCUCAUUGGCAACCUGCACUGGAAAACAUUGCAGCCAGUUACACAUAAAAAGGAAAGUUGCCCUGCUGCCUUAAGUUUGUAAGAUAAUUCCAACCCGAGACUUGACUGAAAUUGAGGCUUUCUCUAGUUGAGUAAGCUUAAGAACUUAAGGCAGCAGCCAGGGCAACUUACUUUUUUACGUUUAACUGGCUGCAAUGUUUCACAGUGUACUAAGUUGCUAAGUGGUUAGCAGCGACUCUUUCGAGAAACGGGGUCCUGGCCGAGUUGGAGGCCAUGGGCGGCCAUCUUGAAAUGGCUAUGGCAGGGAGUGUUUUUUGUAGCUGUUGCUGUCGUCACUCGUGUUGUUAAUGUUAUCAUCGUUACAAAUUAUAUUGUUAUUAUUGUAUAAUGAAGCUACAAUAUCAAUAUGAAUGUUUUACAUUUUUAUUUAAAUGUUAAAAAUAAUAAGACUGUUACUAUAAAUGUUUGAGUAGGUAUUGAUAUUUUGUACUUUGCUUUACUAUUUGUUUUGAAUUUAUAAAUUUAUAUUUACGGACAUUAAGUAAAACUGUUAUCACGUAGGGCCAUAUUUCAGCAGGGGCUUUUAUUGUGAAAUGAAAAAAGAAUAUUGCUGUUGCGUAAAAGUGCAGGACAAGAAAGUCUGUGCAAAGUGCACUAUAUGCAGUGAUGUUUUAAUAUUUUUGGUUUGUAUUUGAAGUGAGAGUUUUUUUUGUAGUACUUUAUAAUUACACUGAUGUUUAGAAGAGUAUGGGUGCACAACAGAUGGGUAUUUCAGGUGGAGUGUGACUGACUGGUAUGCAUUUUGCCUCUUUUUGCAAUAUGCCACUUCUGUAAGCCAAAGGUCUAUGUUUUGAUUUAUGUUCGUAGAUGGAUUUUAUAUAUAUUUACUUUUUAUUACUCAGACAGAAACUAAAGCCAUGGACAUUCAGUUCGAAUACAAGUACAUGUGCAUAUGCACAUACAUGUUCAUACACGCACACCGACGAAUGCACACACACGCACACACACACACACACACACUCCGUCACACGCGUGCGCAAUCACAAAGCAUGCCCACUCACACAUGCACCCAAACCCAUGCGCACACACACACACACACACACACACACACACACACACACACACACACACACACACACACACACACACACACACACACACACACACACCUCUGAGCCUACUUUGAUAGGUUUUUAAUUUUAUUGUAUGCAUUAUGUAGCUCUCAAGUCAGGUGAAAAUUUGUGAAUUACUGCCAAGCUUGCCAGGCUUUAACUUUUUGUUUCUUUGCUUUGUAUCUUUUGGAGAAUGUCUCACACCAUGAAAUUCAGACAGUUUGUGAGAGUUACUCUGGACUGUCAAGUAUCUGAUGAACAACAGCUUGAAGAGUGUAAAGCAUCCAAGAGAUACGUAGCUUUUAGACAUUGAUGUGUCUGUGGACUCCACUGCCUGGUUUUACCAGGCAACAUGAACUACUUCGUAAUUCAUUUUUGGUCUGAAUCCUCCAUGUCCUGGAGUGCUUGGGUGGGAGGAGUGAGCUCAGCCCUGGUUUGAAAUGAGUGGACCAAAUGCUGACAGUUGACGUUCAUGACGUAUGUUGGUAUGCGCCCAAGUGUGUUCUUUUGUUGGCCGGCCGACUGUACCCUCCCCAGAGAGGCGUAAUCAGACCAUUUAUGAAUUAUGAACGAAUUCAAAAUGAAUGGUCUGGCCUGUCAGGCAAUGUGAACUCCACUGCCUGGAUGGGAAGGUGCAGCACACACUCUCUCUCUCUCUCUCUCUCUCUCUCUCUCUCUCUCUCUCUCUCUCUCUCUCUCUCUCUCUCUCUCUCUCUCUCUCUCUCUCUCUCUCUCUCUCUCUCACUCUCUCUUUCACCUACUACAUGUAUAAGAACUCUAUAGCAAUCCGAUAAUGUCACAUGCGACUUGUCUAUGAAUUACUUCUAUUUUGUUCCUUUUCUUUGUAAUAGAGUGUAUAUACUGUAAAUAUGUUAUUGUAUUGACAAAAGGUAUGAAUGGCAUAUUUAAAUUUUAAGUGAAAUACAGCAUAUUUAAAUC